AUGCGUGCAAAUUCCAUUGAUAUUCAUCCGAAUGCAAAAUGGUCACAGAAUGGUAUCACUGUUGUUGGAGGAAAUGAACCAGGCAGUGAAACUAAUCACCUCUCUUUCCCCUUUGGUUUGUACGUCGACGACGAUCAAACGAUUUAUGUCGCUGAUUGUUGGAAUCACCGCAUUGUGGAAUGGAAAUCUGGUGCAACAAAUGGAAAAGUAGUUGCUGGUGGAAAUGGAAAUGGAAAUGGAGCUCAUCAGUUAAACUGCCCACAUUAUGUGAUUAUCGACAAAGAGAGCGAUAGUCUCAUCAUCACCGAUGUUAGGAAUAAAAGAGUAGUUCGAUGGCCUCGUCGAAAUGGUACUCAUGGGGAAACAAUUAUUUCAAAUAUCUCUUGCUGGGGUUUGACAAUGGACGACAAUGGUUUUCUUUAUGUCGUUGGCGAUGAAGAACAUGAAGUGAAACGAUAUAAAAUUGGUGACACUAAAGGAACAGUAGUUGCAGGCGGCAAGGGAGAAGGAAAUCGUCUCGAUCAACUCUCAGAUCCCACCUACGUAUUUGUCGAUCGAGAUCAUUCAGUCUAUGUGUCUGAUUAUUGGAAUUAUCAUGUAAUGAAAUGGGAAGAAGGUGCAAAACAAGGCAUUGUUGUAGCCGGUGGUCAAGGAAAAGGGAAUAGUCUUACACAAUUGAAUGAACCUGAAGGAGUUUUUGUCGAUCAAUUGGGUACUGUCUAUGUGGUUGACCGACGGAAUCAUCGAAUCAUGCGUUGGCCAAAAGGAGCCACUCAAGGAAGUGUCAUUGUUGGUGCAAACGGUUCAGGAGCACGGUCAAAUCAACUCAAUGGUCCCACAGAUUUAUCAUUCGAUCGACAUGGCAAUCUCUAUGUCGUCGAUUGGGGAAAUCAUCGAGUACAAAAAUUUAAUAUCGAAUGA